AUGGACCAUUCGGUGAAGGCUAUGUCGGCGCGCGGGCCUCUGGCGCGGUUGGUAGCGCGCCACCGCUUCGAGUCUGCCGAGCUGGAGGAACUGUACGCGCGUUACGCCUGCAAGCUGCAGCGCACCUCUGUGGGAUCCGCGCUAGCACUUUGGGCUGUGCUGGCCGCUGCACUUGCUGCUGUCGACGCCACUAGAGGCUGGCGCAGAGCACCGCAGGUGGGCGUUUUGGCGGCGCAUGCGUUGCUUUGCAGCGGUUUAGCAUGGUGGUGUGGGCGUGUGGGCGGCGUGGCGCCGGAGCGGCGGCUUCCACGCGCGUGCUGGUUAGCGCUAGCGGGCGGAGGUGCGGCACUGGCAGCCACAUUGCCCGCGUGGGGUCCCGGAGCCGCCGCCGAGGGUGCGGUGCACGUGGUGUGGGCGGUGUUCGCAGCGUACGCACUGCUGCCGGUUGGCACGCCUGUCGCUGCUGGCUUCGGCGUCCUUCUGCCAACAGUGCACACUAUCGCCGCCGCUCUCGUCGCUCAUCGUUUUCCCUUUCAUGCCUGGCAGCAGAUGGUGGGGAACGUGGUGGUGUUCGUGUGCGUGAACGUUGUGGGGGCAUUGAUGCACUCGUUGAUGGAGACAGCGCAGCGGCGCGCCUUCUUAGACACAAGGAAUUGCAUCGCUGCUAGGCUCGACAUGGAAGAUGAAAAUGAAAAGCUUGAACGAUUGCUUUUGUCGGUGCUUCCACAACACGUCGCUAUGGAGAUGAAAAACGACAUCAUCUCUCCAGUGGAAGGGCAGUUCCAUAAGAUUUACAUUCAAAAGCACGAGCAAGUCAGUAUAUUAUUCGCUGACAUUGUGGGCUUCACGGUGCUCGCAUCGCAGUGCAGUGCGCAGGAGUUAGUAAGGUUGCUCAAUGAACUCUUUGGAAGAUUUGAUCAACUUGCAAACGAUAACCAUUGUCUCCGCAUCAAGAUCCUGGGUGACUGUUACUACUGCGUGUCCGGGCUGCCCGAGCCGCGCUCCGACCACGCUCGCUGCACCGUCGAAAUGGGCCUCGAUAUGAUUGAUGCUAUUGCGUCGGUGGUAGAGGCAACGGAUGUGCAACUGAAUAUGCGCGUGGGCAUCCACACAGGACGCGUGCUGUGCGGCGUGCUGGGUCUGCGCAAGUGGCAGUACGACGUUUGGUCCAAUGACGUAACACUCGCAAACAAUAUGGAGGCUGGAGGGGAGCCGGGACGAGUGCACAUAACGCAGGCGACUUUGGAGUGCCUGGGCGGUGCCUACGAAGUGGAGCCGGGGCAUGGGGCUAGUCGCAACGCCUAUUUACGGGACCACUCCGUGCAAACAUUCUUUAUUAUUCCACCGCCUAGACGAAGAAAAAUGUGCUUAUCAACAGGCGUUGGUCUGGGUUCAGGAUCGAAAAGAAAACUUUCGUUCAAGAACGUGUCAAACGUAGUGGUCCAAUUGCUUCAUUCCAUUAAAUUCAAUGUGGACGUACCCUUUUCCAACAUGGCCGCCUCCCCGCAAGAGCUCAAGGCCAAUGCUGCUAGAAAGGUGCUGGACCUGCGGCGCGCCCUGCACGCGGAGCCGGGCUCUGCGGAGGCGCUGAGGCUGGCCGCACUGCGCACUGAGGACGUGAGCACCGCCAUGCACGCGUCCGACCCCGCCCCCGCCGCCGCCCCGCACCACCACACCUUCGACGCCGUCAUGCAGCACCACGCCCUGCGCACGCUACCGCACCCCACGAAUAAAGUGACGGAAAAAUUCAAGCGGCCGCUGAAAAAGCGUCACUCAUCUGUGUAUCACCAGCCUACGAAUCGCGUCAACAAGUUCCUGGCGCAGGCGAUCGACGCGCGCUCCGUGCAUCGCGAGAAAGCCACGCAUGUCCAUUUGCUUACGCUCUGCUUCAAAGAUUCGGCUAAGGAAGCACAGUAUCGAGCAUCAACAGACGGCGGCUGGGCAGGUUCACUUGGCGCAGCAUUAGGUGCACUAGCGGCAGCUGGCGCCCUCCAAGCAGCCAUACUUCCGCGUACCACGAUACUGCUUCUUCUUUUUGUCACCGCCUUCGCCUGGUCCGCCGCAGUGCUAGCUUUGACCCUUGCAGCAAGGCUCAGGCUUAUUCCUUGCGACGUAUCGAGGCCAUUUGCUUUGAGAAACGCGAUUACUACCUUCACUAUUGUGCUGGGCUAUGCUGUGGGUCAGGUUAAUGUGAUAACAUGUCGUGAAGUUCUCGUCUGCAGAAACCUUACAGAGAAUGUAACGACAAUGGACGAUAUACGAAUGAUGACCAGCGAUAUUGCAGCGGCUUUGUGGAGCCACAGUGACCAUAGAGCGUGUCCUAUCCCUCUGUACAUAACUCUAGGAUGUUGCCUCAGUAUGCUGACAGUGGCUGUAUUCUUGAGACUGCCCAUUUUAGUGAAGGGCAUAUUAUUGGCUGUCAUGACUGCUGGGUACAUGGCUGUGAUUAUGGCAUACCACAAGGACCUGUUUGAUUGCUACGAUCUUAUGACUGAGCCAGGCCCGUUAGGGUCAGCAUAUGUCGAGUGUGCAUGGACGCUAGCAUUAGCGCUAGCCGUACUUUUACAUGCGCGGCAGACAGAGUGGACUGCUCGACUCGACUUCUUGUGGCAAGCCCAAGCGAGAGACGAGAAGAGAGAUAUGGAUGCUUUGCAAGCUUCAAACCGAAGAAUUCUGUUCAACUUACUACCGGCUCACGUGGCUACGCACUUUUUGGACAAUCAGUUCAGGACAAACAUGAGGCGCGGUUGGCAGGACCUGUACCAUCAGUCGUAUCAGCGCGUGGGCGUGGUCUUCGCCUCGAUCACCAAUUAUCACGAGUUCUACAUGGAGCUUGACGGCAACAAUCAGGGCAUGGAGUGUCUUCGGUUGCUUAAUGAGAUUAUCGCUGAUUUUGAUGAGCUAUUGGGCGAAGACCGUUUCAGCUCCAUUGAUAAGAUCAAGACAGUUGGUUCGACGUACAUGGCGGCUGUCGGACUGAUCCCUGACAAGAAGAUGAUGGACGAACCUAGCACGCGGAAGCAUAUGGCCACACUCGUUGAGUUUGUCUUCGCUAUGCGUGAUAAGCUCAAGGACAUCAAUGAUAACUCUUACAACAACUUUAUGCUAAGAGUUGGUAUCAACGUUGGACCCGUAGUUGCGGGUGUUAUUGGUGCAAGAAAACCUCAAUAUGAUAUUUGGGGCAAUACAGUAAACGUGGCUUCUCGUAUGGAUUCCACUGGUCUACCAAAUCAUACACAAGUAACGGAGGAAGUAUACCAAACACUGAAAGAUAUGCCAUACCAGUUCGUAUGCCGAGGCAAAGUCAAAGUGAAGGGUAAAGGGGAAAUGACAACUUAUUUUUUGACAGACAGAGCCGCUACAAACGGUACAACACAAAAUCCUAUAAAUGGAUCUUCUCAAAAUCCGCCAACGGCAUACGGAGGUGUUGCAACUCCUUUAGCGAUGAUACAAAACUCUAUUCGUAGAACGGCUGCUCCAACUAAUCGACUUCCUCCACUAAGAGAAACGACAGUUGCCAGCGAAAAUGAACCCUUACUGCCAACGAAUGUUCAUCAGAUCAACGGAAACAACCAUAAAGGGAGCAAAAAUAGACGGAACAAAGACUCUGAGGAUACACCACCACCGCCCCCUCCACAUGGUGUAUCCGGAAACCCAAGAUGGCCGCCACCUCGCGCUCUGGUGCCGCCGUGGCCGCGGCCACAAGAGGCACGACCUCCCGUGGCGCACAAAAGAAGACCCCCGGCAAGAUUACCCCGACCGCGAUCCAGUGAGAGUUUACCUCUAGCACGAAGUCCACGUGUACAUUCAUCGGCUGAUGAGCUCAGUUCUUUGACUCGAUCUCCAAGUCUAAGCUCUUCAGAUGAAAGUUACUCACGCACUACAGACGCCUCUCCUUCACCACCACGGCCUCCGGCUUGGCCUAACCGUCAACCUCGCAUGGAACCGAGUCCGUACGACUACCCGCCUAACAGAACAAACAAAGCUGCGACCAAUAAUAUAAACGAAUUUUAUGCGAAGCAUAAGCAGUUGAGUAAAAAGCCUUCCCUGGACGACAAGUAUCUAGAUGGAAGCAUUAAUUUCCAUAAAGAAGAGGAAAAGUUGCAAAGGAGUAUAAUUAAUAUGUUGCAAGCCUCUGCAAAGAGGGAUGGUUGUAGCCAAACAGACAAGAAAAAUGUUACGAAUCGGUUGGGUCAAAGAACAAAUUCGUUUUCGAGUUCGGGUAGCCGACCAAACAACUUAAAACAUUUGAAUCAUGAUUCGCGAGAAGUGUUUACAAAGCGAAGUCCUACUGACGUGGCGUGUGUACCGCCAUUCGAGAGAGAAAUUCAAAGACUGCUCGACGACAAAAACCUUAUCAAGAGCAAUCCGCCGAAAACGGAGCGUAAGGAAUUGAAACUUGAACUUGGGCGUGGUCAGAACCCAGGAUUAGAGCCAGUGCGUAAUUGUAACAACAAUAGUAGUCCGCUGCACGCGGUGGGGCUAGCAGCGAUUACACAGUUGGCACGCCAGGAGCCACCUAGCCCGGGACGCGCCUCGCAGCACGUCGCCUCGCCACUACGACCACUGGCCAACGAGUUCCCGGGAGUCCUGCCAACUGAUGUCGUCGUUGAACUACCCUCUCCAACGCAUUCUAGGGAUCAAAACGCAAGUCCACCGUGUGACAGAAAGCCGGAAUCUGUAGAUGAUAAAGGAAAGCAGGAAAAAAACGUUCAGGAAAGGCUACAUAAUCGAGUAGCCGCUUUGAAUCAUAGGGAAAUAGGCAUCUAUGGGGAGAGUCAGUCCGAAUGGAGCUCCUCAUGCUCGGAAGGCGAGGGUGACGGAGACGGUGCCCAUCCUGAAAGCACAGGCUAUACUACCGAUGAUCCUGCUCUGGAGAACGUAUCUAUGUUGAACGAGGCCGGGCUCACGGACGCGGAAGCAGCAUUGAGCGACGUCAACUCUUGUUACUUCGAUAGGGACGAUGACGUAUCGUCCAGAGCAUCUUCCCGGCUCCUCGACUCAGAAGCGCUCGUGUCGUUAGAGUCACUCAGCGCCAUCUACGAUUCGGACGAGCCAGCUCACAGGUAUUUAGCGAAUAUUCGCACAGUCAGCGAGUCGAUUACGCGAAACUUUGGGCAGCCCGCACACGUCACAGACGGGGAAAGCGAUGUUUAGUGAUAGUGAUGUGAUACAUCUGUUGUGAUUAUACUUGAGCGAGACACGAUAUGGUAAAGAGAGGCGCACUUGUUGAUGUGAUGAUUUUUAACAAAAAAAUAUCUUCAACGGAUUGUGAUAAAGGAGUAAUCUCAUUUAGAACGAUCAUGACAGUGUUCCCAAAGAAAACGCGUUUGUAAAAUUGUAUAGAAUAAUCAGCUCUCUAAUUGGUGAACAUUGAUGAAUACUCAAUUUUCGUUAGGAAUUAUUGCUUGUGGAGUUGACUAUCUUAUUGUAUUGCAGACGUGCCUGUUGUUCUGAACUGAUUCGUAUUGUGGAUGUAAAUUAUGUCAAUAUGUACCUAUAUACUAUAACUAUUCACUGUAUGAUAUUCGUGUACAGCCGAAAGUGCCAUGUGAUGGCUUCACGCAUCAUCUAGGAGUAUGUAAUGAUCUCUACAAUUAUAAGGUGCUCUGACUUAGUAAUAUGUAUGGUUCGUCUUGUGAUAAGUGGUAUAAAGAAUUCGAAUUUGAGCGACCAAUUUGUAACGUCAGUUAAGUGUAAGGGCUGGUCCCGCUGUUCUAAAGUAUAUUGUCUCACUAAUUAUUAUGAAGUUCGCAUACUCUGAUGCUGAUAGUUUUCAAGUAAGUAAUCAUCGAUAUUUUGCAUUUCGAUUCUGUAUGUAUCUAGAAUAAUCGAAGUUAUCAUAUGUUGGUUAACUACUUGACGAAAAUAUAAAUUUUAUCGCUCCCUUUACAAACCUAUGAAAAGUUUUCGUAAAAUCGAAAUUUUUCAUAAUUUAGCACAUAAUCUUAUUGUCAAUCAUUGUAAUGUAUUUUUAUAUAUUCAGUUAUUUCUAGUCAUACAUAUUUCUCUAUCAUAAUAUUAAUUAUUUUCACAAGUGCAAUACCUACUGAAUAUUCAAAAAGAUAUCAUGUUAAACAAAAACUUUAUGUACUUGAAAUUUUAAAAUUAUGUUAACUGUAUAUAUUUUGCAGUUGUGUCAUUUAAAUCCGUUAAAAGCCAUGUACAAGCGUUAUAUAACACCUGUAGCGAAUAUUUGUUGUAGAAUAUUCUCCGUAUU